AUGGGUAAUUUUCGGAGGUGGAAAUUUCUUGUGGCACUACUUUUAUCAUUAAUCACAAUAACAAAUUCGAAAUCCAGCUAUAAGUACGAUGGAUCGUUGUUUUCAAGCAAAGAACUGGAUUAUGAUGAGACUGAUACAAAGGCUAUGGGAUCGGUUUUCUCGAAAUAUAUGGCUGAUUCGGAUGCUCAAUUGAUAUUGGAUCUGGAUGUAUUCCGGCAUUUCUUUAAUUAUGCAGAAGCAUAUAGAGAUGGAGCUGAGGAGGGAAAUCUGGAACUGAUGAAAUAUGCAGUAGAGAUGGUGGAGAAAUUGAGAGAAUUUGAUAUAUCUAUGGCGUGUGUUGGAGAUAUGAUGCAUUUGGCAUGGACUGGAGUGGAAUAUGCAACUCAUGUGGAAGAGCACAAGAACUGCUCGGAUUGCAAGUGUACUCCACUGUUUCAGCAGAAAAAGAGUGAAAGACAUUGGAUAUUCAAUGUAUUUGAUGCAAUGGGAAAGGUUCCAGCUGGUAUUAUGAGUGGAAAUAAUUUAUGGGUUGGAUCCUGGAGCACUUGUAGGAAGAUUGAUGUUGUGAAAAAUGCACAAGGCCAAAAAUGGAAAGGAAAAUACUGCCUGGCUACCAUCGACGCAUAUGAGCGUGACAAUCCGUUAGUAUAUUUUGGAAAUAUGAUGUCCGGAGCACCAGAUCGUCAUUGUUAUGAGAAGAAUGUGCAAAAUGUGACUGAUGAUGGCUCUUGCUUUGCACUUUUUCCCGUUCUCAAGUUUGGAGUUUGUAUGCCAAAUACAUGUACAAACCAUGAUGUGAAACGAAUGCUGACUUUUGCUAUCAGAGCCACCGAGGCCGCCGUUGGCACCCAAUCAGUUUGUAAUGUAGACGUGGAAUGUCGUGCUGAAUCAUAUUCCGAUGCUAUGAGUCAGAAUAGUUUGGCUAUGUUUGCAUUGUAUUUCCUUAUUGCAACAGUGGUUCUUGUUGCAUUUGGAACCCUUUUCGAGUUGCUCAUCGUAGCGAAAAAUCCAGAAGAAGCAGAAGAGAGUAAAGCAUUCAAACACUGGUUCAUCAAAUUCAUCCUAGCUUUCUCGAUGUAUUCAAAUGGUUCUGAAAUCUUGCAAUCCAAGAAAAACGACAGAGAAAUCAACUCUCUUCACGGUGUCCGAUUCUUGAGUAUGUGCUGGAUUAUUCUGGGUCACACCUAUUAUUACAUUGGAACUUCUUUGACAACGGACAAUCUUGUACCUACUUUGAUCAAUUUCCCAAAACAAUUUCAUACUCAAAUAAUUGUUCAAGCUCCACUUGCAGUUGACUCCUUCUUCUUUUUGAGUGGAAUGUUGGCUGCCUUCUCAUUCUUCAAAAAAUCGAUGAAAGCCCAUCCCGAUCAUCCACCAAAACUGAGUGCCCUCAACUUCAUCACUUGGCCAAUGUACUAUUGGAAAAGAUUCUGUCGAAUUACACCGACAUACGCUGUUGUCAUGCUUUUUGAUGUCACUCUUUUCUCUUAUGUAUCAAACGGUCCGUUCUGGAGACCAAUUGAGAAACAGGGUUGCCGUAUUGCUUGGUGGACUAACUUCAUCUAUAUGAACAACUUUUUGUUGCAAGAUAAAGAAUGUUGUAUGGGAUGGACAUGGUACUUGGCAAAUGACAUGCAAUUCCAUUGGGUAUUAAUGCCACUUCUCACAAUCACCUUCUUGAAAUUUGGAAUGAAAGCUGGACUUGGAUUGUCAGGUGGACUUGUUGCACUGUCUUCUUUGAUUCGUCUAGCUAUCACUCUCAUAAAAGGAUACCCGCCAGCACCGAUUCUCACUGCCAAACUUCAGAUAGUUCACCAACUCAACGACUACUGGAAUGAUGUAUACGUGAGACCGUAUAUCAGAUGUACUCCAUUCAUUGUUGGUGUUGUUGUGGGUUAUCUUCUGAAUGCUUGGACUUCUCGUGAACAAAAAGAUUUGAAAAUUAAACUGGAACCGAAAACUGUGCUCAUUGGAUGGUGUUGCUCAACUGUGCUCGGACUAUAUGCAGUCUUUGGAUUGUUCUGGUUUGCAAAAACGGGAGAUAUUUCGAAGCCGUGGGAGAUUCUCUACACUGUUUUCGGUACACCAGCAUAUGCUCUAGCCCUCGGCUGGGUUGUAUUCGCGUGUACAACUGGAAAUGGAGGCCCAGUUGACACAAUUCUCUCAUGGAGACUUUUUGUUCCUUUAUCGAAAAUUACAUUCUGUGCCUACUUGCUUCACCCCAUUAUGCUGCAGAUUUACAAUUUGAGUCGACCCCAACCAUUCCAUUUUACAACUUUUGUGCAGAUGAUUCGGUACACAGUUGAAGCCGUAUUCGCUUCCUACACUCUUGCAUUCUUCUUCUCAUUGGCAUUCGAAAAACCAUUCAAUAAAAUCGAUGAGAUGUUGUUUGACAGCAAGAAGAUGAUGAAUGGAGAGAAAGGAAAAUCCAAUGAAAUGGUCCCACUGAACAAACGAGUUCGAGAUAGUGAAUAA